AUGCCCGAAACGGGAGAUGGCCACACGGCGAUAGCACAAGUUUUCCAUGAAGAUCUGGAGAACUGGAUCGGCGAGGUUUCGGAAGUCUUCCACUACCGGGUCUUUGUCAUCGAGCUCGUCGGGCAGCUGCUGUAUACUGUGCUGGGGCCUUUGAGUAUUCCUAUUCUGCUCCUGAUGUACGGAGGCCGUAUUGGCCUCAUCAACCGAGGAUUUUGGCCCACACGUCACCCAUCCUUUCUCCUUCAGCUCAUUCUUUGGGUCUGCUUGUUUGCCAGCCUCGUUCUGAGCAUGUUCGCUGAUGCACCCAAUGUCAUGCUCAUCGAGAAGAAGUUUGCCGUCAUAUGCCUGCUCAUGAGGAAUGCACCCAUUGCUACGAAGUACGCCUACUGUUCCACAGAGACGUGGACCAAGUUCAACACGGAGAUCAUCUCUGACGAGUACAAGGCGUUCCAAAACAUGCUUACUGGUUGGUACGUCAUCCCGGAAGCGAACUUCCAACUUCAAGCAGAGGUCGCCUUCGUUGGUGUCAUCGGCUCCAGAGCACAGCGCAGAGAGAUUACCGUGAAGUUUCUUCCAUGGCCACGGAGUGAGUACGACUUGCUCUCCAUGCGCAAGCGCGUGGAUGUAUCGAGCAAGACGAUGUUCUUCGCUCCUACAGGGGAGCUUCUCCGACCCAACUCUCGCACACGAAAAGCCGCCCGGCGGCGCAUCGCCGCCUGGUCGAAGAUGGAGGAUGCAAAUGGCGACCACCGAGCCGUGAGCUUGGAGAUGACCAGGGAGAAGUUGGAGGUAGACUCGGCGAGAUCGAUCGGCAAGCUGAGAACCUCUUUGCAAUCACCCAAUAUGCCCGCCUCGCCCCGUGAAGAGACGAAAGAAAAGAGCUCGAAGGAUCUGAAGCUGGAGGAGAAGCAAGAGCAGGAGCGCUCGAAGCAGGAGCAGCUGGCGCGGGAAAGGAAGCUGUUCAAGACGGCCGAAGUUGGCGGAGAGGUCACUAUAGAGGACUUGUUCCUUUACUUCCUUCGUGCGAUCCAGCGAAGCGAAAAGGUUGUUAUUCCUCCUUGUGUCAGGAUGAACCUUAUCCUCACCUUGAUCGCAAUCUUCAUUCCUUCCUUCCUGCGCUUGCGCAACGAUGGCUGGUUCCUGGGUCCAGAUACGGCGUCGGCGGUGCUCGUGGUGGGCUUCUGGCCAUCCAACUUUCUCUGCAUGUUAUCUUCCUUGAGCUUCAUUGCCGUCGGCGGUGUGGACAUGUGGAGACGCCGGUGUUUGAUGCGCAGCUGCGCUGCGAUGCUUUCCGUGUCCCGAGAGUUUCGGCGCCAUUGUCCUGCGGAGGUGGACAUGCUCCCUGUCCUUGAUCUCUCUGACGUCAACACAGUAGCCGGCUGGCGCAAGCUGCGGCAGCUGUGCACCGAGUGGGGCAAAUUCUAUCACCUUCGAGUACGUGCAUUCUCGGCCGAGUUCUUCUUCUUCCUGCUCAUCAUUCUUGCAGACAUCAUGGCCGGCAUGCUCAUCCAGGACUACACCGAGUUCAGCGGAGUGAAUUUGGCCUCGCUUGUCGUGACGGGCACCGUCAGCAUAUCCCUGAUGGUUUCUAUCUUCGUGCUGGUCUACCUUGGCAACGAGGUGAAUAAGUCUGCCGAGCGCCAUCGCUUCUUGCUGAACCGAUCCCGGACCCUUAUGACAAGCAUGAGAUACAGAACGAGCACCUGCAUGAUGCCCAAGAUGUCGCAAGCAGUCACUGGUGUGAUGCCGCCUGAUCCAACUCCCACGGAACUGGAGCAAGCUUCUGAACUCAUCAGCUGCCUAGGCGAUGAACUGGAGUCCGAGGGGAUCGUCUUGCCUUUGACACUGCUCGGGAUGCCCUUGGGUUGGUCAUUGCUCUCAGUGCUGCAGUUCAUCCCGAUCGGUGUCAUCACUACGCUGUUGCAAUUCUGCGGGAAUGCUGCGACAGCCGAUCGCUGUGUGAACUAG